CCUCCGCACGUACACCGUUCUCCGGUAAUUCUUCUAGCGCCACCGCGACGGCUCACUGAUCGACCGAGCGGGAGGAGGAAGAGAGCGAGCGAGUGAUAGAGUGAGACAAGAGAUUCAUCGCGAUCGUGCCGCUGCAUCGCAGCGUCGGCGGAGGAGAAGGGUGUCGCGAGUGGAUGCAGCAGGGGGGGAGGAGGAGGAGGAGGAGCAUGCGGCCGGCGGGUUCGUCGUACUACGCCGUGCUCGGCGUCCACCCAGGCGCGUCGGCCGCCGAGAUACGCGCUGCGUACCACCGCCUCGCCAUGAAGUGGCACCCGGACAAGAUCACCAGCUGCCGCGUGGAUCCGGAGGAAGCCAAGAACAGGUUCCAGCAGGUGCACGAAGCAUACCAAGUGUUGUCGGACGAGAAGAGGAGGGCGCUCUACGACGCCGGCGUGUACGAUCCGCUCGACGACGACGACCAGGAGGACGUCGAGGGCUUCCACGAGUUCCUUCAGGAGAUGGUAUCCCUCAUGGCCACGGUGGGAAGAGAGGAGCCGGUGUACAGCCUGGACGAGCUCCGCUCCAUGCUCGACGGGAUGAUGCAGGAUUUCAGCUCGUCGGAAUCGCCUUCGCCGGGCGGCUUCUUCGCCGGCGCGGCAGGCGGCUCCUCGCCGUUCGCCGAGCCCCGCGCGCAGCAGCCGCGCGGCUCCGCUUCGACGCACCCGCAUCCGCAGGGGGUCGGCAGCUCCGCCUGCCUCAGCCGGAUGGCCUUCCCAAGCUACUGAGAUCCACCAACGGGCGCAAAGAUCAUCUGCAUAGAUUAGCCUCGUCGCCUCGAGGAGACAUCUCAUCGUCGUCAUGAUCCAUUGGUCUCUGGACUCUGGAGGUUGAUGGAGCUUGGUUCUUGGAGCAUGCAUGUGGAAAGGUGGCGGGGGUGGGAACUCGAAACAUUUUUUUGUUCUGUUCUUUGCGUUGUUUGGGCUGCAACGAGAACUGUCUACACUGUACGAGCGUGUGACAUCACGGACACUGUAUCUGCCUUUGUACAGCUGGUGCAUGACGGCACGUCCUCGAGGGAUGAUAUAGUAUUGUUGCUGUUGUUUCCUGCAGUUAGGGUGACGAUGGUGUGAAACUUGGUACUCUUGUCUUGUCGCUUGAAAAAACCGUGCUUCGUGUGACCGUCUGGAAGGCAGACAAGACGACGGAGCCAGAGGGAUGUUCUUAUCUCUGAUCGUAGAGUGCAUUUUUUGUUGGCACGCGUCUUUAGCCGUUACUCCAUUCGUCUUCGUUUACUUAUUACUGAUCAUUAUUGAUCACUAAUAACAUGUACAUCGCACAUCACUAUGUAAUUCUAAGGAAAGAAGCGCAAUUAAAGUUAAUAAAUAAACAGUUACU